AUGUUUCUUUUCAAAUUCUGCUUAAUCAGUUUUGUUGCUCUUGUGACGGCCCAUUCUCUGGGUGAAAAUGUUGUUUCGAACGUAGUUGUAAGCUUCUCUCAAAACGGAAACGAAACGGUUCAACCUCAUUGUGUCAACACUAGAUUUGUUGUGAAAAACAGGCAAGAUCUUUACUCCAUCUUGGAUUGCAAAGUAUUAAAAGGAAACUUGGAGAUCAUAGAUUAUGAGGAUCCAAUUCUUACAUUUCCACACUUGAAUUAUCUUGAUGGCAGUCUUCUUAUCAGGCAAUCGCCUCACUUAAUUCGUAUCGAGGCCCAAGAGCUCUCGAGAAUCACUGGAGGUUUUUCUAUGGAAAAGCUUACUUCUUUGGCAAUGGUUGUUAUGCCUGCUCUUACCUCAGUGAAGUUUUUGGAAUGGAGAGUGCUCCCAAUCUUUGGCAAUCUUAAGCUUGGAGAGUUAACGGGAGUUGAAAGCGUCAUAAUUUCAGACACCUCUUUGGCAAAAUUAACAGUGAGCUCAGCAGAUGUAAUGAGGAAUUUGGAUCUCAACAACAACCGCUUCCUUGAAUUCAUCAAGUUUGAUGUAAAGCACAUAAACGAUCUUCUCCAUAUAGGGGCUAACGGGAGAAAUGCAAUUGUGGAUCUAGAUUUGUUACAAUCUGCGCACAACAUGAGUAUUCAUAAUGUGGCAGAUAUUAAAAUCAGCAACUUGGAGUUAAUAAAAGGCUCUGCUAGUAUCAUUAACAACAGCUUUCAUCUGAUCAAUUUUACCAACUUGGAAAAUGUCGAAGGUACGCUUAGCAUUGCCCAAAACGACCAGUUAGCUCUUGCCAACUUUCCUUCUGUUUCAGAAAUUGGAGGUGGCUUACUGAUUGUGAACAAUACAUUUUUGCAGUCUAUCCUGUUUUUCCCAAAGCUCAAUGUCAUUGGUGGAGCUUUGGAUUUGGUUGGCAAUAUUCGGUAUGCUUCUUGGGACAAACUAAAGUUGGUCAAAGGUAGCGCCCGUUUAACGACAACGGUGCCUACUUUUGAUUGCAAAAAAUGGGCCCAGCGGGACGUUGGUACUAUUAUUCGGGGAGGGAAGAUAGAAUGUUUUAUUUCACUACCUCUGUCUAAGGAUGAAGGAAAUGUGCUUUCCCAGCCACCGAAGGUGGCACUUCACUCAGGCUCCAAUUUGUUGAGUAUCAAUGUCGGAUGGAUCGUUGUUGCAGUCCUUUCAGCUUUCAUAGGUAAUUAG